AUGCUAAAGGGUCUUAACUUGGGUUGGGGUAUGGAAUCCAGAGAUAUUAUAGUUGAAUCUGAUUGUAAAAGUCACACUGACUCUGUCCUUGGAGAAAAAGGUGUAAGGAUCACUUGCAGCGCUACUCCACGGGAAAUUAAAAGGCUCCUGGCUCUGACAUGGAACAUCAAGCUUCAAUUUAUUCAAAGAGAAUGCAACCAACUUGCUGAUACGCUAACAAAGAUGGGUCUCACAACCACUGCAGUUCUUGACAUUGCUCCUCAACACGCGAGGACACUGGUAAAUAAAGAGGUUUUGGAAUCUCAAUCCCCAGUGUUCUGA